CCUUGCACUUGUGGAGCAGCUAGCAGCUGGACACGUCAAGAUGAGUCUGCCCGACUACAAACUCUCACAGAAACAGUCUCUACCCGCUCUCCAGCACUCUCCUGUGGUGCUGCUUAAUGUGGGUGGGCACCUGUUCAGCACCGCUCUGAGCACCCUUCGUAAACACCCUGACUCCAGGCUGGCUGAGCUGUUCAGCUCUCCGCCCAAACUACGCACCGAUCCUCAGGGACGCUACUUCAUCGACCGUGACGGGUCACACUUCGGAGCUGUCCUCGACUUCCUGAGAUCAGACUCUCUGCCCACACACAACACCAAGGAGGUUCAUAGGGAGGCAGUGUACUACAACAUCAAACCCCUGGUGAAGCUCCUGGAGGAGAGUCCUCCGCUGUUUGGAGAGCUGGUGGGACGCCAGCAGUUCCUCUCCAGAGUCCCACACUACAGAGAGAACAUCGAGGUGCUGAUUCGAAUUGCCAGAGCCGAGGCCAUAGCCGCCCGCCACUCCACCAUCAUGAUAUGUGUGCUGCAGACAGAGGAGGACUUGGGUCUCUUUGACAACGCCAUCAACAGCUUGGAGGCAGAUAAAGAGUCGGUGGUGACGUUCGGACCCUGGAAGGCUGCGCUGUCCGUCAAAGACCUGCUGGACUGUGUGCAGCUGGACAUCGAGAGUCAGGGCUACAGCGUGAGCAUCCAGCGCCACGUGGUGGAGAAAAGCUUCCUGUCCAGGAGCUACAACUACUUCCACAAACUCAUCUUCACCUGGUGGUGAUUACGGGCUGCUUUUCUCCGAGAGACUAGAUUAAAAACACGGACAGCAAUUUGAUAAAUUAAUCUUGGAAUAGACCAAGUUGAUCCAAGUAGUUCCUAAAUACCUUUUGAGUCUGGGAGCAUGUGAGAGGGUCAGUAAAGCAAGUUUAUAUACAGAUAAUUAAUUACAAAGUCACUGUGAUUUAAAGUAGCAAUAGCUUUAAAUUAUCAAUAUGUAGUAAACGCUGAUUGCACAAUGUAAUGGGUAUAGAAUAAUGACACUUUCAGCUUUCUGAUUAGUUCCUAUUAGCCCUGCUUUCACUUUGCAAUUCUGUCUGCCUCAGCAUAACGCUCUUCCAUUCACAUCAAAACUCCUCGACUCAUCAAUGGUACCAGAGAGCGGUUCACUGAGAGACUGCUCAGUGCUUAUCCUGAGGUAGCAGAACAACCAGAGUAGUAUUAGCUGUGGAAAAUACGCAUAAACAGAGCCCUGGUGAUGAAAUUGCAUAAAUCAAGUAACAAACCAGAAUACUUUUAAACACAACAAAUGUUUUACUGUGCCUUUUAUCAGCACAGGAUUGGGGUAUAGUUCUUCAGCUUUCUAAUGAUUGUUUCCUGCUUUGAACAGUAACGUUAGCCAAGCUAUUAGCGAUAGCCAUGUUGCUAACAAAGUGAAAAUCAACAGGCAGAAAAUGUCUUGUGAAUGUAUCUGUUGCACAUUUAAUGCUGACUUUUAAGAAAAAGUUGCACAGCAUUAGCUUAAAGAAUUAAAACAAACACUUGAUUUUAGCUGCUUUAUUAUUGUAAUUUUUAGUAUUUUAAAUUUAAAUAAAACAACUACCUAGUUACAUUUCUUUUUCACAAACUUUGAAUCUGGUUGUUUAUUUUGUGCAUUGACCAUCUACAGGGGUCGGACACAUAAGCACACACACAUCUGAACGAUAUAGUACAAUGCAAAUCAACAGUACUGCAAUGGAAACGACUUGAGUGCAGUGGUGAAAAAAGUAUUCAAACUAUUAAUAAAAGUACAAUUGCAGAAGACUUGCUGACAACAUAAAGCUUCAAACAUAUUCCAGCAGUUGGUCGAGGUGGAGCUGCAUUUCUUUUGUAGUUUAGUCUGUAACAAUGGUUCAUGUUUUGUUUUGCAGAUCUUGAUUUAAAAAAUAACUAGUGACUUUAGAUCUUAAAUAAAUGAAGCAGGAGUAGACUAUUUCUCUCUGAAAUGAAGUAAAGUUGAAAAUAAUAAUAGCAUAAAAUAAAAAUAACUUACUCAUGAAGGACCAAACCUCAGACACCUAAAUCACAGCCAUCGAGCUGUGGCACACCACUGUUCAGAACUGGAUCUGUUCUGGUUUUAUUUUUCCCUUUACACUUCAUUCUUUAGUCAUUUCCUUUGGAUACCUUGUCCUAAUUUCAUGGCAUAAAUCCACAUGGACACUGGAUUGUUGACAUGUUACAGCUGGGCGGCGGUGGUGGAUUUGGACUUUGGACUGAAGGGUCGCCGGUUCAAGUCCCCGAACAGACAUGAAAUAUGGAAAGUGGACAGCUACUUGGAGAGGUCCCAGCACCUCCUAGGCCCUGCUGUGGUGCCCUUGAGCAAGCACCGGACACCACCAAUCCCCCCUCCCCAUUGCUCCCGGGCGCUGCACAAUAGCUGCCCACUAGUACUAGGAUGGCUGACUAAUAAAGAGGGUUUCAUCCUCCGAUUCUAUCUAUUGAUAUACAACUGUAUCAAUAUCUAUUGAUAUACAACUGUGUGCGUGUGUGAAAAUAGAAAAUGAAUUUUCCCUUCAGGGGAUUAAUAAAGGUCCAUCUUCUUAUAGUUGUGUUAUGGUUCAGGUUUUAACCUUUACAUUUUUUACCUGAAGCUAAGCUUACAACAGUAGGCUAAUUCAUGUCUUUUGUAAUUGUGUAGUAACAGGAUGGAUUUCUGCUUAUGGUUACAUAACAGCAUGGAACUGGCAAAAUGGAUUAGUUCUAAAGGUACUUUUUUGUGGAAAGAGAAUGGCAAAUAUACUGCAUGCCUCAAAUUUGUGGAUUUUUUAAAAUGAUGAACAAAUCA